AUGGAUUCAUUGCCGGUAGAAAUGUAUCGGCUGCCGCCCAAGCGGCUUCCAGAGUUGAGGGAGUUGAACAAGUUAUCAAGGUUGAGAGCAUCGCGUACGAGAAGGCAAGGCCUUCCGGAGACUUACGCUCCCCUGCUUGUGGAGAACAUAAAAAGGGGUAAAUAUACCCACGUCGUUGCAGGACAUACUGCUUUUGGGAAGAACCUCUUGCCGAGAGUGGCCGCUUUAUUAGACUCUCAGCAAAUUUCCGAUAUUACUGCCAUCGAAAAUGACAAGACCUUUGUGCGGCCCAUAUAUGCUGGAAAUGCUAUUGCGACUAUUGAGUCUUCGGACUCGGUCAAGGUCAUCACCAUUCGAGCUACCGCCUUCGCUUCUGUUACUCCCGGCGCAGGGUCAGCUGCCGUUAUAGACGGAGUAGAUCCUAAAGCUGAUACUUCGGCAGCAUGGGUGUCGGAAGAUCUAGCGAAGUCGGACAGACCAGAUUUGGGUAGCGCUUCAAAGGUUGUCUCCGGAGGCCGAGGUCUGAAGUCGAAGGAUGAUUUUGACAAAGUCAUACUCCCUCUCGCUGAUGCACUGGGUGCUGCGGUCGGUGCAUCUCGCGCGGCUGUCGAUAGUGGGUAUGCAGACAAUAGUCUUCAGGUCGGUCAGACGGGCAAGGUUGUGGCCCCGGAGCUUUAUAUGGCCGUUGGAAUCUCUGGCGCAAUUCAGCACUUGGCCGGUAUGAAAGACAGCAAGGUGAUUGCUGCAAUUAACAAAGACGCCGACGCUCCUAUAUUUCAGGUUGCAGAUGUUGGCCUAGUUGGUGAUCUGUUUGAGAAAGUACCGGAGUUGACAGAGAAGCUGAAGAGUAGCUAA